AAUACUUCUCAGAAUAGAAACAAGUUGCAUAUAAUCAUCAUACACCAAGGCAACCAUCCAUUCUUCAAGUUAAACUUGCGUAGGAUCGACGAUUUGUCAGCGAAGCAUUUCAUGUGGUGCACAAAGUUAUUCGAGCAGAACGAAAAAGGAACUGAAAACAGCGGGGGGAAAGAUUCUGAUUGCCUGUCAAUUUGAUUAUGAUCCCCGGGAUUAUGGUUUCCCAGUUUAAUUUGAGGAUCACAGAAUAGCACAUGUGGUGGACCUCAGAGAGGUUCAGCGUAGACUGGAUGUUGUGAUGGCUACAAGCAGUGAGGAAUCAGAUGAUUCCGAUGGGGGAUUCAUAUUGCCAGGUGUUAAAGAAACACUUAGGAAUAUUCUUGCAGAGUAUCCAAACAAUGGCCAGAUCCUGAAGGAGAUAAUUCAGAAUGCUGAGGAUGCGGGUGCAACUGAGAUAAAGUUCUUCCUGGAUACCCUACCAAGAGAGACGUCAGGAAAAUUGCUGAAAGAUGGCCUCAAGCAAUUUCAGGGACCAGCUUUGUAUGUAUUCAAUAAUGCAGUCUUCACGAAAAAAGACUGGGAGGGUAUUAGAAGUCUAGGGACAAGCGUGAAGAAGGAUGACCCAAUUAAAGUUGGCAGAUUUGGACUUGGUUUCAAAUCUGUGUUUCACAUAACAGAUUUGCCAUCUGUUCUCAGCCAGUAUCAACUCAUGAUGAUUGAUCCUCAUCAGAGAUUCUUCAAACAAGGCACCCACAGCCUAUAUCUCAACAAGAAAAGUGGAACGUCUAAGAAGAGAUCAGAUAGAUAUUCGGGACAUUUGGAGGCAUUCAAGAGAGUUCUUGAUCAUCCUGAACUUAAUGGGGCAUUUGAUGGUGAAGCCUUGGAGGGGACUCUAUUCAGAUUCCCCAUAAGACUUGCUCCUGGGCCAGAUGAGAUGUUGUCUGAACUAACAGACCAGUGCUAUAAAAUGGAUGAGAUUCGCCACCUGUUGGAAUCACUCAAGCAAGAUGCUGACCUUAUCCUGCUAUUCAUGAAGACACUGAACACGAUCCAUGUGACCAUCCUUCAUGAUAACACCAAUGGUGAAGCCUUUCUUAAAGUAUCUCUAAAAGCAGGAGAGGCAGACCUUGAUAUCACUAAAGAGCGAGCUGAUUUUCUUGAGUCUAUCAAAGAUCGUCAACUAGGCAACCACAGUGAUACAAAGUAUGAACCACUAACAAUGUCUGCAGUCAUUAGCAUUCAGAUGGAAGUAUUAAAUGAGCCAGAGAAACACAAAAUGUGGCUUGUAAGCCACUACUAUGCAGGAAGUGAAGUUUCAGUUGAUUUACGGAAUCUAAUAAAGGAUGGAAAGGUUGGCUUGAUUCCACUGGUGGGAUGUGCAAUAGAGAUCACGAAAGAAGAUGUGGUGAAAUGUAAACAACCUGCUGGGCACAUUUUCUGUGUGCUGCCCCUACCAAUGACAGAGACCAGCCCAUCAGGUCUGCCCAUACAUGUGAAUGGAUACUUUGCUUUGGACCAGAAUAGAGCACAUUUGAAAUGGCCUACAGUGGACCAGAAGGAAGGCAGUGACCCUAAGCUAACGUGGAACAUGUGUCUGUUAACUGAAUUGCUCCCUCAAUGCUAUAUACAGCUGAUCUUGAAAGCACGGAAUCUGGAGCUUCAACCUGCUUUAAUUUAUCACAUGAUUGCAGAUUGUGACAAGGUUCAUGACAAGUGGAAGAUUGUAAUUGCAAAACUCUUCCCUCAGCUAUAUCAGAAUGACAUCAUAUAUUCUGCAGUCCAGAACAAGUGGGUUAAAACAUCAGACUGUGUCGUAGAUGACUUGCACAGCCAACCAAAUAGAGUGAGAGAUGUGCUGUAUGAUCUUCUCAGAAAGACUGGAUGUAACUUAGCACAGAUUCCAGCUCAUGUCCAGAAUGGCAUUGUAACAUACACUGGCUUAUCUUUAACACCUAUCAGUCCUCGAUAUGUCCGUGAGCAAAUGCAAGCACAGCCAAAUACAUACAAAGGUCUCCAAAAAGAAGAUAAACACUCUCUUCUAAGUUACCUUCUACAGGAUGAACAGUUUUCUGCCUUAGAGGGACUGGAACUGAUCACACUAUGUGAUGGCACUGGAGCUGCUUUCGUGAAGUGUACACAUUCCUUUCCUCAUCCCACACCUGUCUACCUACCAUCUAUUGAAAAAUACCCAAUGGCAAUGUUUCCAAACCACCAGGGCUUUUUCAUGAAUACAGACGACAUGGACCCAUGCCUUGUUCAGAAGCUUCAUAGCGUCGCUCAGACUUGUUCUACUCAGUUAGCAGAGAUGACGGAUUCUGAAGCUCGUAGAUUGAUAUUUGAAACUGAACCAGAAAGCUGGAAGGAUGAAACUACCAUUGACUUGACACCAAAUCAGGCAAAGCAGAACAUAGCAUGGUCAGAUAGUGUUUCGAACUACAUUGUGAAUAACAGAAAAGGGCUAGAUCAGUUUGAACACCUUCAUCUCAUACAGCAGAAUUCUGUAAAACUGAUACAGUUGAAAAAGAACUCGGGAAUACUUCUUGAGGGGAAACCACAAAUCAACAGCCAUUUGAAGAGGCUGCUUAAUGGCAUUGGUGUAACUGUCAUUAAUUACCUUCCCAAACCAUGGGAUUCUCAAGAGCAAAAAUUGAAAAGCCAGUCUUAUAUACAUUCUGCUACCCCUGUUGGAAUUCUUCAGGCAAUUGCUGACAAAGUGAACCACCAGUAUGAAAUCCCUGAGUAUCUGCAUAGAGCAUCUAAAAAAGAACGAGAAGCACUCCAGAUAGAACUUGCCAACAUCAGCUUAUAUUCAAAUAUUGAUCGAAAGUUGAUAAGAUCCUUGCCAAUUUUCAAAUCUACAGAUCAACAGUGGGUGUCAUUUGAUGGUAAUGAUCCUAUAAUGUGCAAAGAAGUUAUCCCUAUCAAGGUGAAAGUUAGAAUGAUUAAGAACAAUGAAAGAGUGAUGAAGUUAGCAUCAUUGGCAGGAGUAAAUCCCUUACAGGAGGCAGAUCUCAUUGUGGAUCACAUUGUACCCUAUCUGAGUGAGUACACAAGAUUGGAAACACAAGAACUUAUGCUACAUAUACUGGAGAACUGCUACCGCAUGAUGCACCAGGGGAAAGGUUGGGAAAGACUAAAAAUUGUACUGAAGACAAGCAAAUGUCUAGCAGAUAAAGAUCACUCUUUGUGCAGUAUCAGUGAGUUGUAUCAUCCAAAGCUGUCUAGUUUGGUUGAGCACAAAGUACCACAUGAAGUGUACCAAGAAAAGUCUUCUAUCACAAUCCUUGAAGAGCUUGGACUUAAACCUGUGUUAUCUAAAGAUGACAUUCUGAAUAUUGCAAGAAAUAUUGAAUGCAACAAUGAUAUUUCAAAAUCAGAAGAACUACUGAAAUAUUUGGAGAGGCACUGCAGCAUAUUGCGUGACAAAAGCUUGGUAGAUCAACUCGCUGACAUUGUCUGGGUACUUAGAGAUGAGACACAAAAUAAUGAAUUACCAAAUUCUUUAAAGGUGUCGUAUGAGGAGAGUAGGAAGUUAUGGAAGCCAAGUGAAGUUUGUGACCAAAAGUUUGUAUAUUUGAUUGGAUCUGCACAACCACUGAUAAUGACAAAACAUGUCAAAGAAGUGAGCAAUGCAUUUGGCUGGGGUAAAAUACCUCACGAUGGCAUCAUACACCAGCACAUGAAAAAUAUCUCCACAAGCUACAAACACGAGGAUAAAGGAGUUUAUUCAACAUUAGCUAAAUCAGUGUAUAAACAAAUGGUUAGCAGUCCAACCCUUCAAACAUUGCUGAUACAGGACUCAAGUUUGAAGUGGAUCUGGCAUGGAAAUGGCUUCACAGGUCCAUCUAGCAUAGCCCUCACCAAAGCAGACUUUCCAUUAGAGCCAUACAUAUAUUUUUUUCCCAGUGAGAUGAAAGAAUUCCGAAAUAUCAUCAGGAAAGCUCCAGUACAAGAAGGAUCAGUUGAAUCAAUUCUAAUGAGCACACUGGAAAAAAUGAAUGCCGCACCUAUAGCAGAGAGAGACUAUGAUAGAGAUUUGAGAAUAGCUGUGGCCACAAUCAAUAAGAUUGCCUCUGAAGUGAAAAGGAAGAAAGUAGAGUUGAGUCAAGUGAAAGACAGAUUGCUGCUUCCAGUGCAAAGUGACGAGGAUCGGGGUAUUCUUAAGCUGAAAAAGAUCAAUGAGUGUGCAUAUAUGUACAGUGUACAGGCAUGGCUUACACAAAAAUGUAGUGCCCAUUUAAUGUCACAUUGCUACGUACAUCGAGAUAUCUCAGAGGACACUUGUACUGUUUUAGGUGUCCCUUCUCUGAUGAGCAAAAUUUUAGGGGAUGAUAAUGGCUUUGGAGAUUAUGGUCAAACUGAAGACUUGACAACAAGACUUCAAAAUAUUCUCAAAGAUUACAAAGAUGGAUUUUCUGUGCCAAAAGAAUUGAUUCAGAAUGCAGAUGAUGCAGGGGCUACAAAGGUCAGUUUUAUCUACGAUGAACGAGAUAAUCAAGAUGCUAGAACAUUCCUCCUGGACCCAGAGAUGUGUGAUUUACAGGGACCUGCCUUAUGGGUUCACAAUGAUGCCACAUUCUCAAAAGAUGACUAUGAAAACAUUGAAAAGCUUGGAGGUGCAACCAAAGCUGAAAAGGGAAACAAGAUUGGAAAGUUUGGCCUUGGCUUUAACGCUGUGUACAAUCUCACUGAUGUCCCAAGUUUUGUAAGUGGAGAGAGCAUUGCUUUUUUUGAUCCACAUCAAACAUUUCUUGGAAAAGCAAUUAGUGGAAAACCAGGAAUUAAACUUGCAAUUCACUUUGUAAAGAAACUACCACAACUAGCCGACCAGUUCAAACCAUACAAUGGAAUGUGUAAGUGCAAUUUAAGCUGCAAUGAUAAUGAAGUGCCUUACUACAAGGGAACCCUUUUCAGAUUUCCCCUGCGGAGAAAACCAAGCAAAAUCAGUAAAAUCUGUUAUGAUGAGGUGGAAAUGAAAAAACUGCUACAGACUCUUGAGGUUGGGGCACAUAAGAUGAUGCUUUUUACUCAGAAUGUGAGGGAGAUAACAAUUUCUAAAAUUCCCAAAGGCACAUCAAAUAAAAAUGAAGUCCAACCAGUACAAUCUGAAAUCUUACUGACAAUUACAAAGGAGAAAAUACAAUGCAUCAGGAGUCCAAUUUCAAAAAAUAGCAUGCUGGAUUCAUCAUACCUGUAUCUUCAACAGAGUUGCGAAAGCACUUCCAAACCGGAAUCUUCUGACAUUGUCAAAACAAUAAAGACCAUUGAGGACACUGGCAAUAUGUUUUUGGAAGUAUCUCCAGAGAACAGAGAAAAACAUUGGUUAGUGUCUUGGAACAUUGGAGAGAGUGGUGCCUAUAAAACUGCCAAAUCAGACCCAAGGCGACACAACUCCCUAGCUGGUGUUGCCAUGAAUAUUGAGCCAACAGAUAAGGAAGGCUGCUACAGGCCCAUAAGUACAGGUUCAGCCACCAUCUUUUGUUUUAUGCCAUUGCCAGUUCCACCCAUUGCAUCUCUUCCAGUUCAUAUCAAUGGAAGUUUUGCUGUGACUCAGAGCCGUAGAGAGCUUUGUGAAUGGAAGCCGGGAGAUAAGAGCAAUGAAGAGGCCAAAUGGAAUGAAAUCUUAAUGAGGGAUUCUGUUGUUUGUGCUUACCUUGACUCACUGGUGGACCUGAAAGCCAUUAUGGAUCCAGAUAUGAGAAAAAAUCACUACAAUGUUUGGCCAACAAUGCAAAAUUCCUCAAAUGUGUACGGCCAGUUCCAAGAGAGUUUUUAUAAGAGACUCCUAAGCGUAAAUAAUGGUCCAGAAAUAUUUACGGAUGGAAGAUCCUGGAGAAAUGUACAGAAUACUGUUCUCAUGGAUACAGAAUGGACUGAUGAACAAUCCAGUAAUGAUGAACAAUCUGAAUCCAAGAUACCCUUGACUGAAGCCAAGCAUGUACUUAAAAUUCACCAUCCAGAGAGCAUCGUAGUAGCUGAUAUGCCAGAAGUGGUUCUCAAAACAUUAAAGGAAACAUCUUGUUUCCAAAUGACAAUGUAUACUGUAGACAAGUUCUUCAAGGAUGUUUUCUUCCAUCAGAUAGAUACAUUACCUGAGGAAUAUAGGGACUCCUUGAUGUUGUAUGCAUUGAAAAAUGAGGCUUUGUUGAGUAAAGGCAUUAUCUAUCUGAUGAAUACUGUGCCAUGUGUGCCAGUUAAGCCAAAGGGUCAACUGAGAACAAUUCCAGAUCUCAUUGAUUCUUCAUCUGAAUUGAAGGAUUUAUAUUGUGAUGUAGAUGAGGUAUUCCCUGCAGAUGCUUACAUUCAACAAGACAUAUUGAGGGUAUUGAGGCAAUUAGGAAUGAAGCACAAAUGCACCCAGCUGACAUGGUAUGAUAUCUUGGAAAGAGCUACAAGUGUUGAAAUGUUCAAUGAAGAGGAUGGAACCAGUGCUAAGGAACGUUCUAAGCAGUGUGUGAUAGCAAUGACCAAGAAACUUGAGUCACCAAGAUUGAGUAUCAUCAAAAACACUGAUAAGGACAUACCCAAUGAUGUUCAGGACAAACUUCUAAAGACAGCCUUUCUGCCUAUAAAACAAUGUCCUCUAGAUUUUCCAAACGAAUUGUGGAAGCAAUCUGAUUCACAAUUUGGAACUGCAGAUGAUCUCCAUUUAGCAAAACAUAUGCAUUACAUCAGCAAGGCCAGUUUCAUUUUAGAUGAAACUAAUAUGUCUCCAUUUCCAUAUUCUGUCUCUGUAUUACUCGGUUUGGAUAGGAAAAAUAUCCCCUUAGAUUGGGCACUUGAUCAAAUGACUGCUAUCAUAUCGUACCCCUGUAUCGACAAGAUGUUACUGGUAAGAAUGUGCAGUUCUGUCUAUGAUUUUUUAGAACAGAAACUUAAACAUGUUCAAGCAGAAGAGGAGGCAUAUCACCAGACUAAGACUAAGAUCAACAAUGCACUUUGCUUCUCGCAAUGUUUGUUGAUUGAUCAAACAUUGAUAUAUCCACAGCAAAUUGCUGAGGAUUUGAAUCCUUCAUGUCCUCCAUAUCUGUAUGGAUUGAAUGGACACUCCAUGAAAUGGAAAUAUCAAAAGCUGUUAAAGGCCUUUGAAGUUAAAGCAAGAUUUGGUUCUGAUGACUUCAAAAAAGCCCUUGGAGACAUGCACCAAGAUAUUCAAGAUAAUGUGAUGAGCCCGAAGCAGCUAGAAGUUGCACUGAAUCUUGUGAGUCAGCUUUACAAUGCUCGAAAAUAUGAGGAUGUAUUGAUAGAUGAUUUGGCUGAAAUAUAUGCGCCGACAGAAGAUCGGAGACUAGUACUUGCUUCAGACCUAUGCUUUGAUGAUAUUCCAUCUCAAUGGGUCAAGACUACUGAGACAAUGAAUUUUGCACAUGAUAGCUUACCCCGUGGACUUGGAAUCAAAACAAAACAGGAAAAAAAUUUCAGAUUAAUAAGUGAAGCUAUUCCGUUCGGUCAAAAGGAAAAACUGACACAACGACUUAAGAAUAUUAUCAAGUCAUAUCCAUGUGACCAAUCUAUCAUGAAGGAGUUGUUGCAGAAUGCAGAUGAUGCUUGUGCUACAGAACUUCAUUUUGUCCUUGAUAAACGCCAACAUGCUGGAAAGAAACUGUUUCUGGAAAGUUGGAGUCACCUUCAAGGCCCAGCACUGCUUGUGUACAACAACAAACCUUUUACAGAGAAGGACUUGGCAGGAAUUCAGAAUCUUGGUGAGGGAAGCAAGGGAAGUGACCCUAACAAAACUGGACAGUAUGGGAUAGGGUUCAAUGCAGUAUACCACUUAACUGACACACCUACAUUCCUGACUAAUGGGUCUGAAAUUGGCACAAAACUGUGUGCAUUUGAUCCUAACCUAAAGUAUGUGUGUGAUGAAGACACCCCUGCUCCCGGUGUACAGAUACAAGUUAACAAUCAUAGGAGGGAAGUGUAUCCAGAUGUGUUUUCAUGUUACGAACAUGAAUUCUUCAGUGAGGAAGAAUCUACAUUAUUUAGAUUACCAUUGAGAACUCAAGAAAUAGCUGAUCAAUCUGCCAUCAGCAAUGAGGCGGUCAAACCAGAGAAUGUACAGAAAUUGCUAGAAGAAUUCAAAAGUGAGAUGUUUGAUGCUCUACUCUUUGUGAAUAGUGUUGAGAAAAUUGUAGUUGGACAGAUAGAUGCACAUGCACAAGAAAACAAGAUGCAUGCACAAUACCAUGUGACUGCAGAGAUAUCUGAGGAAGAUAAAGUAAAGCUUCGUGCAUUUAAUGAAAAAGUGACAUCCCAUACAAUAGGUCUUAAAUCAGGAAAGAUAACAGUUGAUGAAAUACCUCUCAUUGAAGUCACAUAUGAAAAGUGUAUUACUGAUAGCAAGGGAAAGAAAGAAACAUGGCUUAUAUCGAGAAGAUUUGGCUUUGAAGAGGGCAUAGAAAUAGCACCUUGCAUUAAAGAGGCUUACACUAGAGGAGAUCUGCUUUUGUUACCUCAUGGAGCUGUGGCAGGGAGAACUGAAACAAAAGGACAGACACAUUCCAAGGCAUUUUGUUUUCUUCCACUCCCUGUUGAGAUCAAUGUACCUGUUCAUAUCAAUGGGCAUUUCGCUCUAGACGAUGCCCGCCGAGACCUGUUUGAUGACAAAAGUUACAGGACUGAAUGGAAUCAUCUUGUUCUUAAGGAAAUUGUUGUUCCAGCAUACAUCACAUAUAUAAAUAAAAUUAAAGUAAUGCUCAAUCUUGGUGCAGGUGAGCCACUUGCAUAUGGAUCCACAUUAUUAAAACUGGAGCAAUAUUACAACUUAUUUCCAAAAGCAGCCAAUGAGAACUUUUCACAAAGCUACUGGGAUUUUAUGAGUGUGGAGUUGUAUCGGACCAUAGCAUCUAACCAAGAUGUGAUGUUAUUGCCAGUAGUGACAAAGACUACAUCAACAGAUAGUUGUACCAUCAAAUGGUGGCCUGUUAACAGCAUCAGCACAGAUGAGGAAGAUGUUUACUUUGACAACAUUUGUAAUUCAGAUUCAGAAGCCAUGGAAAAUUUUGUUCACAUUUCUAACAGAGCUGGUACUUACAACAUCAAAGCCAAGAGAGAUACGGAGAGUAGGAAUCCAUGUAUAUCUGAUGUUCUUAAAACUCUAGGAAUGAGGCUAUUGGACAUGCCACAAUCAAUUUUUGACAACUUCAAUCAAUCUGGUGUCACACUUAAAACUGUCACACCAGCUUCAGUUAUCGCUUUUCUGAAGACAUGGCAUUCACCAAAACCAUUGUGCAAGUUAAAACUUUCUAUUCCAGUAGAAUCUUCACUAUUUUGUGGAGUAAAAUGUGUGGCAGACUUACUAGAAUAUUGUUUGAAUGACAAACACAGUGGCAAAGUGGAUAUAGAGAACUUACCACUCUGUGUGCAGCAAGACAAUGUACUGACUAAAUUUUCAUCUGAAGACCCAAAGAUUCUAUCUGACUUUGUUGAUCUAGUUCCAAAGAUGUCCAAUAAGUUCAUCCACAAGAUGUUGCUUCCAAUAUUGGACCAGCACAAGGACCAACCUGCUCUUUGUGAGUUAUCAAUUAGAAGACUAUCUGAGCUUCUUCCACAGUCUGAAUUCAAGUCUAAACUGUUUGAUAAGGAAAUAGAUGUUGAAUCAUCAAAGUUUGGUUACAAAUUUGAGCAUUGGAUAUCUAGACUUUGGACAUUUGUUGGUUCUACAACUGAAAUCAAAGCAAUUCAGGAGAAAAGUGAUGUUUCAGAAAAAAUCAUGGAAAUUGAAGGUUGUUUACAGCCCCUCUCAAAGUGGUCCAUAAUACCAUGCAUAAGGAGUCAAACUCACAAUAUGAUUCAAACUGACACAUCUGUUUUAGCUCCAAUUUGUAGAAGGUAUACUAUCUUAGAUGUUAACUGUACAAGACCAGAUAGCAAAACAAAAGACUCUGGCCUUUUGGAUGUGCUCAAGAAAAUACCUGUGCUCAAAUUAGAUUCCGGUGCACUCCCAGGUUAUGCCCAGUUGCUAGUUACUACUGUAUGUAACCCAUCAAAUAUGCUUGACAUGUUAUUACACAUAAAAAAACAUGCACCAGAAAAGUUUACUCUCAGGUCGACAGAUGCAGACAUUGUUCUUGGAUAUUAUGUAGAAAAUCUUCAACUCACAAAGGAUACACCACAUGCCAUUACCAAGUUACGACAGCUUCCUUUGUUUGUAACAAUGCAGUACAGUUGCAUUUCAGUGACUGACACAAAUGAACAUGAUGAACCACAAGAUGUAGAUGUCUAUGUAAUUCCAAGUAGUGUUCCAACUGCUGGUAUGGACUGUUGGCUCCAAGGUAAAACACAUAGAAGAUGUUUCUUAAAAGAGAAGAAGAGAUUCGAAGAGCUAUACGAUUGGCUUGGAUUCACAACCCAGACUGUGUCAGAGUUGUACUGUGGAUUUAUGUUCCCUCAGUUCAGCUUGUUGAACUCCGAAGAAAGGAAACAUCACCUGAGAUACCUAAAGAAUGAUGUCAUACCUGAUCUUGACCACAUUGUUGAUACAGAAUAUAAAAAAUAUACAAAUGCAGAAAAAAUUAAAGCUGCUAAAGAAAGAGAUGUUCUUCUUAGUGGCUUAAGGACACUUGAAUUCAUUGAAGAUCCUUUAGAUGACACUAUUCUUCAUUGUGUAUCAAAAUUUGUUGAUCAACUCAACCCUGUUUGGAGAGAGAUGAGACCAACUCAACAUCUACCAGACGCUUGGUUUCAAUCUUACACUACAGAAUGUGACAAAUAUAGACUAUUCAAGAAGGAAGAUAACUGGACACCAUUCUUUAGAAGAUUUGGUUUGAAAUCAUAUAUUAGUCCAGUAGAGUUUGCAGAAUUUGCUAAGGAAGUUGAAAGUGAGGCAAAACUGUUGAAUAUGGAUGAAUCCUCACACUACGAUAGUAAAAGAUCUGCAGCUGAUGGUAUUGAGAAAAAGUCCAGAGUUCUAGUAAAGCACCUAUUUCAGAGAAAGGAUAUCCUAGCUGUAGGAAUAUCGGCCAUGGUGAAAGCUAUAAAAUUCAUUUCACCACAUCUUGUAAAGGGUACAUUGGCAGGUAUAUCCCCUCAAUAUGGCAUUACACGAAAAGAUGGAAGACCAGUUUCAGGAUCAUAUGUGUGUUUUCAAGAUUCUCUGAGUUCAGAUUUCGACAAAUUAACUUGGACAGUUUCAUCUGUACUGCCAAGAUAUGCAGAUGUAUCAGCUGUACAAUAUGCAAACCUCCACUCUGAUUUAUUUCAUGAUUUCAUUGGUUUCAAUAAAAUUGAAAAAAGGUUGAUCUCAAUAAAAGAUCAGUUACACUACACGCUAUCAUCACCAAAGCAGCCAACAGGUUCCUUGGUUGGGCAGAAUUGGAUAAACAUCUGCAAGGCUGUUAAACUCGACAAGCUACAUCAGUACCAAAAACUGGAGCUGAUCGAAAUUUGUACCAAAACAUUUGAGUAUCUGCAAAGAUGUGAACAUGAAAUAGAUAAAAAAGUUUGGGAUCAGUUGCAGAAUACCAAUGUCAUUUUUGUGGAUGCAGGGCAAAGACUUGUCAUGCCAAGGCAACUUUUAAUAGAUCCCUACCGGGGAGAUGAAAUAUAUGGAUAUAUUUACAAAAUACCAUCAAACCUUGAAGCCAGUAAAAGCAUUCUGCAAAAAUUAGGCUGCACUGAAAAAGUGACUCUUUGCCAGCUAUCCAAAGUACUAGAGGAAAUAUACAUUGCAAGUAGAAAUACUAGUAGUCAAACUGAAUUUGUGAAGGAUCCAAAUGCUUUAUAUGCCUUCCAGAAGGCCUUAACUCACUUCUUCCAUUUGGUCCUGGUGGAGAAAGAACAUGAUUUCAGUGGGAUAGACAAACUUUACCUUCUGUCCAACAAUAACCAGUUAAAAGAUGCUGCUACAUUAGUUUGCAACGAUAGACCUGAUUACAAAAGAAGAGUGAAAAAACUGGAAGUUGAAUCCCAGUCUUUUAUGAAAGAUCUCUCAAGUCUCGACAUCCUACUACCUAAUGAAGCAGAGUCUCUGAAACAGUUACCAGUACACUUAAGACCACGUAUGCUUUCAUCUAUUGUAGUAGAGGUUCUUGCAGAUUCAGAGUUAGUGCCAGUUACAUAUAAUGUAGCAAUUGUUGAACAACUGAACUCUAGGCUAAAAGAUAAACAUUUCUACCAUGGGAUUCUCAGGUUAGUCCACAAUACGAGAAGCAAGGGAAAAGAUGCUGAUGUGGACAAACACAUACUACUACAGCUGCAAAGUAUUGAGAUCAUUGGUACAGAAAAAAUUACAACUGUAUUAAAACUGUCUGACUCCAAUGAAAUACUACUUAAUACUGAAAAACAAAAGCCAUAUCAUAUUGAUCAGACUGAUGGAACAAAGGUGUAUAUCAAUUUUCAGAGAAGAGGCCACACUGAAGUUGCAAACAGAAUUGUUAAGAUGAUCAUAGGGAUGCAUGUAAACCUUCAAGACUAUGAGAUGAGAUUGUACUUUAUGCUAAGGCAUGACAAUCCAGGAGACAUAUUGAGUGUGUUAGAUGAUGAUGGAAUAAAUGAAUACAACAUAUCAUAUGAAGAUAUGAAUCUUCCUGUACCUGGGGAUUAUAUCCCAGUUGCUGACCAUCACUUACUAGAAAAGCGACCAGGCAGUUUGUUUGCAGGAGAUUUUGUAGCAUACUCUGAAGACAGCAUUGUUGUACAAAUAGAAUGUGGAGUAGCACCUGUCUACAAAUAUGCAAAGAUUAUCAGACAUGUUCGCAAAGACGAACAUAGAACAUACAAGGUUUUUGAGAUAGAUGUUGGUGGUGGAGAGAAGGUUGAGAAGCCAGAUUUUGAAUUGUAUGCAUUUAAAUCCAUCAAGGAUAUUGAAGAAGAGGAUGCAAGCACAGAUGACCAUCUUCCUACUCUUGAUGAGAUUAAGAAAGAAGUGUCUGAUAUGCUAGAAAGGACAUGGGAUUUGGAAGAAAAUGUAAGAAUUCAUCUUGUCACUCGGGCAAUGGAAAUGUGGCAAGCAAGUGAAAACCCUCACAGGGAAGAGACAUUUUGCAACAACAUAAUUCAGCAUAUCUUUGAUGAAAAUAUUAGACUAUCAAAAAUCAGUAGAACACCUAAGCAACAUUAUGAUGAGCAUUUUCCAGAUGAAAAGGGGGAGAGUCAGCAACCAUCAUAUACAGAAUCACUUAGGAAGGUCAAGGACUACCUGUAUGACAGAUCACAAAUCCAUAUAGCUCAGCGUAAGAUGUACUUAGAGCAUGUAAAUAGCGACCCAUGUAUCUCUAGUGGAUCUUCACUUUCAUCUAGAAGUAAAAGCAGGUUCAGUUUUCAACAGUCUCCAUCAUUUGGUGCCAAGAAUCCUCAGCCCGGUGAAGCAGUAAGAUGGAUGAAACAAGCAAAGUUUGACCUUGAGACUGCCCAGUGUCAUGGUCUUAAAAAGUCCAAGGAAUGGAUAUACUAUAUCUGCCUGCAAUCUGCUGAGAAAGCCCUGAAGGCGGCUCUGUACUACAUAGAUGCCCUGGAAGCCUCUCUCUCACAUGAUAUACCAGUCAUUGCACGUCACUUGGGUGAUGGCAUGCUAACAUCAGCUGCUAAACAGCUUCAAGCACUAACAGGAGAGCACACAACAAUGAGAUAUCCCAGUAAAGUACCUUACCCCCAUACACCACGUGACAUGUUUUUGAAUAAAGAUUCAUAUAGUGUGAUCUCACUUACCCAGCAAAUAGUAGAUCAGUCACAAGCAUAUAUGGAUAGACUUCAUUGAGUUGCAGAUAGAUGCCCAUGCCACAACUACCAUGAUAUUUUGGAGAAUUUCUGCAUAUGAAAUUGUGAAAAUGUGGAGAUCGAGGUACACACUGAGUGUUUCAUGUAAAUGUUCAAUCAACUCAGAGAUGGAAUAUAUUCAAAUUAAUAACUGUAUGUUAUCUAGCACCAAAUGUGUGAUAUUCAUGUAAUGUACAUACACAUGUAAGCUUUGAAAUGAAAUUUACACUUUUCAAAGUAGAGAAUAAAUCAUCAAUGACCAUGUUUGUAAAUGGGGUUUGUCCUCUGAAAAUGUAUAUUGCAUAUUGAGAUUACAUGGUUAAAACAUACAUUUUUAGGAUUUCGAUAUUCAUGAUACUACAUUUACAUGUACAUCUAAAUAAAACUUUUGGUAUAGCCAUACAAUGUGCAGCUUCAGUUUGAAAA